AUGACUUUUAGAGGAAUGAGGCUGAUGGUGUCCGUGUUGGCGUUGGCCACUCAUUCACUGGCCGCGCCGUCCACCAGACCACAGUCGCAGACGGCCAAGUCGGCCGAGGACCAGACGGCCCGGGACACGUUACUUGAACUCGCCGUAGCCUUGAUGACUGGUGGCUCCUUAACGACGACGGUGGGUGGUCGGAAAACGGAAGUUCAUCACCACAAUGACGGUCAAAGUCACAAGCCUCAGCACCACCACGCCAUUUCCACUCUAAUUCAUUUGUUUCUGACAAUCGGUAGCGCGUUUGCUCCACUGGUGGGCGCCAUCGUCGGGCCACUGUUGACCAACGUUGCUAACGGCAUAACGUGGGCCAUAUCGCACACGAUUGCUUCCGGAUUUUCACCUCCACACGGAUUAUUCUCGCCGGAACUCGGCCACGGAACCAAUAACAUCAAAGAACACCUCACGUCUUAUACUGCCGAAGGUCAACCCGAAACGGGCUCUGACGCGAUUCAUCAAGUACAGCAACCCGCCGCGGCUGUGGAACCGUCCGAACCCGCGACGGUCGAUGACACCAGGAAUGAAGUGAAGAAAAUAACACGACGAUCCACCUCAGACGAAUGUAUUACAGAUUGUACAUGA